AUGGCGACGAUGCUGCCGACAGCUGGCCGUAUCCGGGCGCUACAAAGGACCGGACUGCCGUCGGUAAGUCCGGUCCUGAGAGGGCCAUCUCCUCUCUCCCUCACACCGCAGCGGCUGCAACAGCACCAAAAGCGAUGGCAUGCUGCAACACCCGUCGAUCUUCCGUCCUCCGACUCACAUCCAUCGCAUCAUGCGCCGCCAAUACGGGACGACGCAUCCAAAAAGUCUGGCAAGAUCGAGACAAGUACAUCCUCCUCCAAGACUCUAGAGAUUCCCCGCAAUGAGGUGGGAGUCCAGCUGCUACCACAUAGGCUGCGCGAGCAGCUGUUUCCCCCCAGCAUGACGCCAAUGCCGCCAAUAGCAUCCAAAGCGCUCAACAUAUGUCGCGAUCAUCUCAGUCAGCACGGACUCAAGGCAUCAGACGCCUCCACGCUUCCACAGACCACGUUCGAUCUACCACCUCUGCAAGGCAAGGACCUCGCGGAGCAUUUCUGGAGCAUAGGCCGAGAGGUGGCUCAACCCUGGCUAGGUAUGGCCUUUCGCCUUGCAGAGAUCGAUCCGACAGAGCCACCAGAGGGGCUCGAGAAUGUAAGCUUUGACAAGGCUGCGUCCGACGACUUUCGCUUCGAAGCCAGCGAAUGGCUCAAGCUCGAUCCGCCACUGCGUACGCCUGGUCAUCUCAAACCAGCAUCGUGGUCAAUAGAGCCGGGAUGGACGAAGUAUCCGAUCCUUCGAUCGGAUGAUGGCUCGGCGCAGGCACUCGGUCCCGGGAUCAGCGUCUCGUAUCCAGAUGAGGACGACGACAUGCUUGUCUUUGACGUGGAAACUAUGGUGCAAGAAGGUCCCUUCGCUGUUAUGGCGACUGCUGCUGGUCCCACAGCCUGGUACAGCUGGCUCUCUCCCUGGCUCCUUCAGCGUGGCCCUGAUCACGAUCGAAAAGACCAUCUCAUUCCGCUCGGACCGAGUGGCCAUCAAGAUCGAGCCCGCCUCGUCGUAGGUCACAACGUCUCCUACGACCGUGCUCGAACUCUGGAGGAGUACUCUCUGGAUUUAGGCUCUACGAGGUGGCUUGACACCAUGUCACUGCACGUCGCAACCAGAGGCAUCUCGUCGCCCCAGCGUCCAGCAUGGAUGAAGCACAACAAGGCCAAGGCAGAGAAGCGUGCCAAGAAGCUGCUCGAGCAGGCAGCGCUCAAGGAAGAGACACGCAGAGCCAUUGAAAACGCACUUUCGGGUCUCGAGUACGACUCGGACCAGCUCGAAGGUCUCAAACUCGAAGGGCUCGCGGUAGAUGUAGCCCAGCUGACAUCCAGCUCAACGUCGGAUGGCGACGGCGUGGCGGGCGGAAACAACACUGCAACAUCCCCUUCGGCACUCGACAUGCCCUUCAGCGAUGACGAGGGUGGUGGUCUCGCAUCUCGCGUCUCAUCACCCGUCUCGUCUGAGUCGCAAUGGCUGGAGGAGACCUCCAAGAACUCGCUCGCCGACGUGGCCCGCCUGCAUCGCAUCCCAAUGAAGGUGUCCAAAGCGGCGCGUGACGUCUUUGUCGAUGGUGCAUCCCGCGAAGAAAUCCUGCAAGAUGUACAGCAUCUGCUCAGCUAUUGUGCUUCGGACGUCGUCGUGACGCACGAGAUCUUUCGCCGCACUUGGCCCGACUUCGCAGCGCGAUGCCCACAUCCGGCGACCAUGGCUGGUGUCUUUGGCCUCGGUUCCACCUUCCUGCCCGUUGACGACGAAUGGAUUGACUACCAGCAACGCUGCGACGAGCAAUUUAACCGCAUCAACGACCAAGUGCAGAAGUGUCUCGAGGAUCUUGCCGAAAAGCUUCGAGAGGAUGGCACCAAGGAUGUACCAUGGAGUCUGGCGGCCAAGAUCUCCGAAGAGCGACAGCUGAUCGCGGAUCCGGAGCAAAAUGAGCCUGUGUUUCCAGAUCCAGCUCGCGCACGAGCCUGGUGGGAAGACGACCCGUGGUUCUCGCAACUAGAUUGGACACCCAAGAAGCCCAAAAAGCCCAAAAUCGCACCCGCAGAUGGCAGCACGGCGCCUCGAUCCGACUUUGCCUUACCUGCAUGGUAUCGCGAUGGAGUUUUGCGCAACAAGACCAAAGAUGGAUUCUCGCCGAAGAGCGUCAUCGCCCAGCAGCUCUUGCGGCUGCGCGUCGACGGCAAGGCCGUCCUACGAAGCGAAGGCCGAUGCUGGAAGCUCGAAGACGGCACCUUGCUGGUCGGAACCAAUCUCUUGUCAGCGACAGCCCUCAAGAAGUAUGGGAGCAAGAUGUCAAGCGACGCUGGGCCGAUCGGAAUCGCCAUCCUGUCCGCCAUCAUCGAUGGCGGAUCUUCUGCGUCCAUUGAUCCAGAGGGUAGACUGCGGGAACUCGCCGAUAGUGUCAAGCAAAUGUCUGACGAAGAGGUCCAAGCAGAUGCACAGCUUGCACAACUAGACUGGUCGCUGAAGGACAUUCGCCUCGAAGAGCUCAACGCCUUACGCGGCCGAAACGAGGAAUCAGCUGACGCGGACAACCUGGGAGAUGCUACUUCGGACGUAUCGGCAGAGCCGGCUUGGUGGCCAAAAUGGUAUUGGGACUUGUACAAGAGUGCGACAGGAGAGCUGCAGGUCACCAUUCGGUCGGCCAUCGCUCCUAUCUUGCUGAAGAUCUCCUGGAGAGGAUGCCCGCUCUACCGCAGUCGAGAACAUGGAUGGAUAUUCCGCCACGAUCCUUCCGAACAGUCAGAGCUUGUGACUCGUCAGACACCUCUUGCGUUCGGAAUGACUGCAGACGGCUUGCUUCAACACUUGGCAGCACCUGUCGAAGGCAAAGCGUCCAAGUCGAAGAAAGGUAAAGCAAAAGGGAAGGGUGCGCCCAAGGGCGACAAGAACUCUCCUGCUCUUGUGGUCAAGGCUUUUGGGACGUCCACCUUCUACAAGGUGCCUCAUAGCGAAGGAGAAGGCGCCAACGUGGGCAGUCCAUUUGCAAAAUCGUUCAUCGCCUACUUUGAAGAUGGCACGCUAGAGAGCCAGCAUCCGGAUGAAGUCGGUCGCAGGGCAGCAAAGACAGCCUUGGAUCUCAAUGCGCAGUGUAGCUACUGGAUCGCCGUUCGCGACCGUGUUCACAGGCAGAUGGUAAUCUGGGACGGCCAGGCCGGCACCUCAAUGCGCUACCCACACGGCGCUUCGGGGGCACGCCAGGAGAAGCAGGGUGAGUCAGAUCGCAGGAAGGGUCUGAUCCUACCACAGGUCGUCAGCAUGGGUACAGUCACCCGCCGCGCCAUCGAGAACACCUGGCUCACCGCCAGCAACGCGAAGAAGAAUCGGGUCGGGUCCGAACUCAAAGCCAUGGUCAAGGCGCCUCCAGGCUACAGCCUUGUGGGAGCGGACGUCGACUCGGAGGAGCUCUGGAUUUGCAGUGUGAUGGGCGAUGCGCAGUUUGGCAUCCACGGUGCCACAGCGGUUGGUUGGAUGACGCUCGAAGGUACUAAGGCGCUCGGAACGGACUUGCACUCGAAGACGGCGUCGAUCCUGGGAACCAGUCGUAAUCAAGCAAAAGUCUUCAAUUACUCGCGCAUCUACGGCGCGGGAAUCAAGCACGCCACGCAUCUGCUGCUCAAGGCGAAUCCCAGCGUCAGCAGCGAGGAGGCGACUCAGAAGGCGAAGGAGCUCUACAUGGCAACCAAGGGGCAGAACACGCACACGGACGAACUUUUUGGCGCCAAGUUCUGGUUCGGCGGCACCGAGAGCUACGUCUUCAACAAGCUCGAAAGCAUCGCGCUCUCUGACGACCCCAAGACGCCUGCCCUUGACUGCGGCGUCACCAACGCCCUAACGAAGAAGUACCUCGGCAAGGUCGACUUUGGCAAUGGUCGCCUAUCCGAAGAGUACAUGCCGAGUCGAAUCAAUUGGGUAGUGCAGAGCAGUGGUGUGGACUACUUGCAUCUGCUCAUCACUGCGAUGGAAUGGCUGUCGAAACGGUAUAGCAUCGACGCCAGGUUCAUGCUCUCGGUGCACGACGAAGUGCGCUACUUGGUCAAAGACGAAGACCGAUACAGGGCGGCGCUGGCCUUGCAGGUCGCAAACAUCUGGACACGAGCCAUGUUCGCGUUCAAGCUUCAGAUGGACGACCUGCCGCUUGGGUGUGCCUUUUUCGCUCAAGUCGACAUCGACAAGGUGCUGCGUAAAGAGGCCGACGACCCAUGCGUCACUCCUUCACAUCCUGAGGCAAUCCCUGUCGGUGUGGCUCUUGACAUUGAACAGGUUCUGGAGCAGACGAAAGGGUCGCUGUACAAGGAUGGCACCUCGAAUGACCAGGUGGACUCAGCACAGAGCGACGCAGGCGACAGCGCUUUCCCUCCGUACGUUCCUUCCACGCAAGUGCAUCGCUCACUCGGCGAGCGUGGUCUCUACUUCUUGCAAGCACAAGCAUCGAAGGAGCUGGCCGAGAUCAGGGCUUUGGAGACACGCGCAAAGAUGGCGGAGCGCCCAGCAGAUGCUCCCGUGCCGCCCGUUCGGAGCCCGAGACCGCGCAUGGCGACGGCAGGGGAUCCUAGCCAAGGGCUCGCCUUUGCUUCUACGAGGGCUCGGAGCGCAGCUCCCAAGCAAUCGAGCCCUUUCGAUGAGGACGCUUGGAUUCAGACUUGCGCAGAAGAGGCCGAAGGAAGCAAACCUGCACGUCGACGUCGUGCUGCCACUGGCCAAACAACGAGCAUGAGCUCUGGAAGCGGUGCCCGACCGUCCACAGCUAACGGCAAGCGGAUCAGCUCGACCCACGCAGUUCCAUCGAAGGCAGGCUUCUGUACUGCUUCCGCUAUCUCGCGGCAGCGUGAGCCGGCGACAAUCGCAGUCGAUGCAAAUUUUGAUGCACUCUCUUUCGCAGCUUACAUUCCUCGACGUCCACGCAAGAAACGAGGACCUUUCUUCCGACAAGCCUCACAUCGACAGCUGAUCCUCUGGCAGGUCUACCGACCGCUCUUGCGACACUGUCCGGCGUCGUGUCCCGAGCUGAAGCGAGAGAUCAAACGGAUAAUGCGGAGGAUGAAGCCCUUGACCUCGCAGGCCAGGGUGACGGGACUCGUUCAAGAAGCGCACGAUCUCGUCCGCACCUUCAAGCUCGCCAAGAGUGGAGAUGAAGCAGCUUGCUCUGCGCUCUACGUCAAAGAGGAGGCCUUGGCUCAGCGAAACCAUCGACGAUCGUGGAACGUGUUUUGGGCACGCAAAGUGCAUGAGCAGAAGUAUCCAGUCCGAAUCGCGCAUCACUCUGGAGCGCUGCUACCACCUACGAUCUUUAACCGGCCCUUGCCGCGAUACAAGCCGGUGCAGCCGACGUCGAUCAGCAUGAUGAUCUAUCGUCGACGCCUAGCACGUCUGCGCAGGUCGGAACGACGGAUGGAGGUCAACGAGAUGAUGGCGGCGCAACGGAUGGAGAGCGAUUUCGUCGCUCAGCUGUUGAACGGUCAGCGCGGGGUUGUCAAGGCGAGCAAUGCGGAGAAGGAGUUCGAGCAGGUGUUGCGCGAAGAACAGAGACGGAUCCAGGAAGGAUUCGAUCGAGACCAGGCGAGGUUGACGAUGACUUUUGAUCGGAAGACGCUAGUGAUGGCUCAGAGGGCGAGACGGGCGAAGAAGAGGGUUCACUUGGCGAGAAAGCAUGCUGCGUCGACGAAGGCUUGGCAAGCUGCUGAGACUGAGGAGAAGAUGGUUUCCAAAGAAACGUAG